AUGGAUCUAAAAGACUAUUACCUGUUGGGCGCCCUGCUUGCCUGCAUAUGGCUAGAUCCGUCAAUAGCCCAAGAGCUAAUCUACCCCAUCAGGGAGGAAUUGCAAGAAAAUGUCCUCAUUGGAAACAUACCAAAGGACCUAAACAUUUCCCACACAAAUGCUGCCACCGGAGCAAGUGCCAAUCUUGUGUACCGGCUCGUCUCCAAAGCUGGAGAUAACCCACUGGUGCGCGUUCUGAGCAGCACGGGCGAGAUAUUCACUACAUCAAACCGAAUCGACAGGGAGAAGUUGUGCCCCGGUCCCUCGUUUGAGGACAGCGAGUGCUCCUUUGAAAUUGAAGUGGUCAUCCUCCCUAAUGACUAUUUCAGGCUGAUUAAGAUCAAAAUAAUUGUCAAAGACACAAAUGAUAAUGCCCCCAUGUUCCCGUCGCCUGUGAUCAACAUCUCCAUCCCCGAGAACACGCUCAUUAACAGCCGAUUUGCCAUUCCUUCUGCCACUGACCCGGACACUGGCCCCAACAGUGUCCACAAAUACGAGCUGAUCAACGGGCAGAGUGCCUUCGGCUUAGACAUAGUCGAAACGCCUGAGGGGGAGAAGUGGCCCCAGCUCAUUGUGCAGCAGAAUCUUGACAGAGAGCAGAAGGAUACAUAUGUGAUGAAGAUCAAAGUGGAGGACGGGGGCAGUCCGCAGAAAUCCAGCACUGCCAUUCUGCAAGUAACGGUGACGGAUGUCAAUGACAACAGGCCUGUGUUUAAAGAUAGUCAGAUAGAGGUGCAUAUACCAGAGAACUCCCCUAUUGGCACGUCUGUUGUGCAGCUUCUGGCCACAGACGCAGACAUAGGGGCGAAUGCGGAGAUACGUUAUGUGUUUGGGACUCAGGUGUCUCCUGCUACUAAAAGGCUCUUUGCAUUAAACACAACAUCUGGCCUAAUUACAGUGCAGAGGCUCCUGGACAGAGAGGAGACUGCUAUUCAUAAGCUCUCUGUUUUAGCCAGCGAUGGCAGCUCCAGUCCUGCCAGAGCUACUGUUACCAUAAAUGUGACUGAUGUUAAUGACAAUCCGCCUAAUAUAGACCUGCGAUACAUAAUCAGCCCCAUUAAUGGCACUGUUUUCCUCUCAGAGAAGGAUCCCAUCAAUACCAAGAUAGCUCUCAUCACGGUGUCAGACAAAGACACAGACAUCAACGGCAAGGUCAUAUGCUUCAUAGAGAAGGAUGUGCCCUUCCAUCUCAAGGCCGUGUACGAUAACCAGUAUCUGCUAGAGACCUCUGCGCUGCUCGACUACGAGGGGACAAAGGAAUACAACUUUAAAAUCGUGGCUUCCGACUCUGGGAAACCCAGCUUGAAUCAGACUGCCUUGGUAAGAGUGAGGCUGGAGGAUGAGAAUGACAACCCGCCUAUUUUCACUCAGCCAGUCAUCGAGCUGGCCGUCAUGGAAAACAACAAGCGUGACCUGUUCCUCACUACUCUGACCGCCACAGACGAGGACAGCGGAAAAAACGCAGAGAUAGUUUAUCAGCUGGGCCCGAACGCGUCGUUCUUCGAUCUCGACCGCAAAACGGGGGUCCUGACUGCCUCCAGAGUUUUUGACCGGGAGGAUCAGGACAGGUUUCUCUUCACGAUAACGGCGAGAGACAACGGGACACCCCCUCUGCAAACGCAGGCGGCCGUUAUUGUAACCGUGCUGGAUGAGAACGAUAACAACCCCAAGUUCACGCACAACCACUUUCAGUUCUUUGUGUCGGAGAAUCUUCCUAAAUACAGCACAGUGGGGGUGAUAACGGUGACGGAUUCAGAUGCGGGAGAAAAUGCUGCCGUUUCUCUGUCCAUACUGAAUGACAAUGAGAACUUUAUACUGGAUCCCUACUCCGGGGUGAUAAAAUCCAACGUGUCGUUUGACAGGGAGCAGCAGAGCUCCUACACCUUCGAUGUCAGGGCCGUGGACAGUGGCAGGCCCCCUUGCUCCUCGGCCGCCAAGGUGACCAUCAACGUCAUCGACGUGAACGACAACACCCCCAUCGUCAUCUACCCCUCCAACACGUCCUUCAAGCUCGUCCCUCUCUCCUCCAUCCCGGGGUCUGUGGUAGCAGAGGUGUUCGCUGUAGAUGGUGACACGGGGAUGAAUGCAGAACUCAAAUACACCAUUGUGAGUGGGAACAACAAAGGUCUGUUCAGAAUUGACCCUGUCACAGGGAAUAUUACGCUGGAGGAAAAACCUGCUGUGACUGACAUAGGCUUACACAGAUUAGUGGUCAAUAUCAGUGACCUCGGGUAUCCCAAAUCCCUCCAUACGCUGGUGCUAGUGUUCCUGUAUGUCAAUGACACCGUGGGCAACUCAACGCUCAUCUACGAUCUCAUCCGACGCACCAUGGAGACCCCGAUUGACCGAAACAUUGGUGAAAACAGUGAGACUUAUCAAAGCGGCGACUAUUUAACCAUAAUGAUAGCCUUUGUCACCGGCGCCUUAGUGGUGAUUAUUGUCAUCUUUGUCACUGUGCUCCUGCGCUGCCGCCAUGCCUCCAGGUUCAAGGCUGCGCAGAGGAAAAAGCAGGGGGCUGAGUGGAUGUCACCCAACACGGAGAACAAGCAGAACAAGAAGAAGAAGCGCAAGAAAAGGAAGUCCCCGAAAAGCUCCCUGCUCAACUUUGUCACCAUCGAGGGGAACAAGCCCGACGACCCUGCCCACGAGCCGAUCAACGGAACCAUCAGCCUGCCCACCGAGCUGGAGGAGCAAGGGAUUGGACGCUUCGAUUGGAAUGCCACGCCUACCACGACCUUCAAACCCAGCAGCCCAGACCUGGCCCGGCACUACAAGUCCGCCUCGCCGCAGUCGGCCUUCCACCUCAAGGCCGACACGCCGGUCUCCGUGAAGAAGCAUCACGUGAUUCAGGAGCUCCCAUUGGAUAACACAUUUGUCGGAGGCUGUGACACCCUUUCCAAGAGGUCCUCCACGAGCUCCGACCACUUCAGUGCCUCAGAGUGCAGCUCCCAAGGAGGGUUCAAGACGAAGGGACCCAUGCACACCAGACAGCAGGGGACAUUAACACGUGCCCGAACUGAACUGAACCCUGAAUAUCUGGACCUCCGUCCGCGAGCCGAGCUGAACCCUGAAUAUUGGACCCCUUGCACCCCUUUAUCGCAGCGGCGCGUCACGUUUCACCUGCCGGAUGGCUCUCAGGAGAGCUGCAGUGACAGCGGUCUGGGGGACCACGAGCCUGUAGGCAGUGGCUCCCUCCUCACACAACCUCUCCCUCUGGUGCAGGCGCAGGAUGACUUCUACGAGCAGGCCUCCCCCGAUAAGAGGACUGAAGCUGACGGCAACUCCGAUCCCAACUCUGAUGGCCCCCUGGGACCUCGUGGCUUAGUGGAAGCUACAGAGAUGUGCACACAGGAAUGCUUAGUCCUGGGACAUUCAGACAACUGCUGGAUGCCCCCAACAUUGGGAACAUACCAGCAGCCCAAGUCACCCGUGUCUAGCUUUGGGUCUCAGAGGGAGUGGGGUCCAAAGGAAAAACUCCUCAAUGGACAUACUCUAACCAGAACCUGGAAAAAUGAGAGUGGGCGAUCAGAGCAUUUCGGUGACAGGAAGCAGUUUGGGAGCGGUGAGGGACACUUCACAAGCAGUGGCAUGGCUGAUAUUCCGCUGGUGAGUCUGAAGUCCUGUCAGCCAGCCUCCUGUCCAGACAGCCCGAAGGACCAGCAGCUAUAA